AUGGACUUUUAUUGUGUGAUACAAGUACGGCUUGAGGGUCGUGGUGUUCGUAACGUACCUGUUGGUGUUGGUUAUUCACAGGGAACUUCUGUUCAGGCUGUGCUCGAAAGGGCUUGUAAAAAAUUAGGCAUCUACGAUUCUUGGAAUUACGCUUUAUAUAGUCAACUUUUCAAAACAUGGUUGUGUGAAACUCACUUACUCUCUUCAUAUCCUGAAGAAGAUACGUUGAUUAUACGCAAAAAAACACCCGCAUAUAUUGAAAUUGUAUAUAAUGAAGAAAAUCCCAGGAAGCGGCGAACGUCAUCUAAUACUCUAAGUCCAAAUACUGCGGCACAAACAAAACGUCGAGGUGUUUUCAGCAGUACGAAAACAUGUUUGAAGACUCGUUUUCAGACUGAAACCAUCUAUCUGACAACAAUUUUGUUUGCAAGUGACGGUAAAGUUCUAAUAACUUCCGGAAGUAGAAUGUUUCCUACCAUCGAGGUAAUACGUAACAGUAAAAUAUUUGGAAAUUUUGAGGAUGACAGUGAUGAAUUCGCCCAAGUGAUAAGAACCUCAUUGGAUUGGACAACCUCAGUAGAUAAUGAGAAAGAUGAUACUUCAAGUGAUACGGAUUCGCUUCAUUCAAAUUCAAGCACUGGUGAUUCAACUGAUUCAACACCCGCCUUCUCUCAGAAUUACUACUUCUGCGACCACGAUACCUUAUGGUCACGUUCUUUUGCUCAAGCUGCCAUAAAGUUAAAAAAUGAGUUGUCCUUAGAAUCAUUGGGUACAAUGUAUGAACAUGUGGUACCAAUGAAUUCAACGAAAGCCAAAUUUAUUGUGUCCAUACAGCAUGUUCCGAACAGUACCAGAGAAGAAAUUGCCCCCGAUCUGCUCAAAGCUGGAAUAUUGAAAUGGAAAAAUUUCGAUGAGAUCAACAACAUCUAUCAAAAAGAUUUUCAUCCGAUUUGGGUAAAAUACAUUGAGAACUGGUGUUCGAGGCAAAUAAAAUUAUCACCCGGACUUUAUUUGGGCGUCUUAUACACUGAAAGUACACUGCAAGGUAUAAAAAUUUUAGUACCAAAAGAUCGCAAACAUUUUAUUCCCCUGGAUAAAAUUCGUGAUGAGGCCACAAUAACUCCUGAGGAAGCUAGUUGGAUUAAAUCUUUGACGUGCUUGAGUCAAGAUUGUUUUAUGGACUUGGCAUCUUCAACUAGAACCGAUGAGAACAAAUCAAAUUUAGGACAGUUCCAAGCUUCAUUUGUAGAAUCUUAUCACAAAUUACAACGUGAUACAAAUUUAACGUGGGAAGUUAGCGAUAUAUACAACGAACAAACUGUGGACAUUUAUCUAGACCUACAGACAAAUCAAUUAUACACAAUGAUGGGUGAACUCGAUGAUAAUAUCACCACCGAGCAAUGCGGAACUUCCCACCUUGAUCUAUGCCUGGAUCCUAAUACCAAAAUUGGGCCUAGGAGUAGUAGUAAACGUAGUAGCAAAUUAUCUCAACAGGUUGAUCUGAGAUUUGAGGAAAAUGUGGAAAACCGAACGAAAGGUUCAACUACUAAAUCAGAUCAACAAUAUGAAGAUAUUGAACAAAAUGAAUCGAUUGAUUAUAAAGAAGAUGUUGUGUUCGUUGUUUCUGCUGAUAACAGAGAGAAAGACGUUGACGGCGAUAUUGUUAAUGAGGAGGCAACUUUAGCAUCAUCAAAUACAUCUUUUAAUAAUAUUAACUACAUCAAACCGUUCGUUCGCAUUGUUUUUGUAGUUAAACCUAUGCGGCAACCUCAUCAAAUUCGUGAUCCAUAUUAUUCUACGCUAUGUAUGCUGUAUCCAUUUCCACUAUAUGAUUCUUUACAAAAUGCUGCAUUCAAUACCUCUUUGUAUGCAUGUUCUCGUCGCGCGAUGCAAAUUCUGCAAGCUAGUCGAACUUAUUUCACUCAUGAAUUGGUUCAACAUCUGCAGAAAAUCGAUAAUUUCGCUGAGAUCAAUGAGCACAAUGUAGACGAUUUCUUCUUUGACCCGGAUGAGCUCUUGAAAGUUCCUGACGAUGCAAGAAAAAUUCACCAAGCCCUCGAGAUUAUAAAAGAAGAAAUUGUUAAUCUUAGGCAACAAUGGAAUGCAGCAUCAUGGACAAUGACCGCUAUGGAGUGGGAUCGCCAAAGAACAAUACAAGCUUAUAGUUUUGGUGGUAGACCAAUGGGUUUAAACAUUUCCUCAAGAAAUUUAUCUCUGAAUCGUGCAGCUUCUGCUCAAAAUGUUCAUCUGUCAAAUAAUAGUAAUGAAGAAAACGAUGAAAAUUCCGAUCUUAGGAGCCUACGGACCAACAAAAAUGAUGCUGCGUCACGAAUAGAAAUUUUACGGGGUCUUAUGUUUCAUGCGCCUGAUCGUGCAUGGAACCAUAUUCGUUUCCUAGGGAUUCCUUUACCAACCUUUAGCAACAAUAAAUUUGAAGUUUUCAAUGAAGAUUACAAUAAUAGACAGAAGAAAAAUAAUAAGUUAUCCUCUAAAACUUCGAGGAACGCCUCUUACAAACCUCCACCACCAAUUUUGAUGUCAUACUUAUCAUCAAUGCCUACAUUGAUUCCAAUGGUCCCAGAGAAAAAACGGUCGUCUGUAUCAUCAGCAUUAUCUAGUCAUUCCAGUAAUUCAAGCCAAUCAACGACAGUUCCGCCUCUAUUACCAGCUAGAAAAAAGUCUGCAGGUCAUAGAUUAAUGAGAACCCUUGGAUUUGGUAGCCGCGGGCAUCAACAAAAUAUUGAUCAACCUGAAUUGCCCAGAAAGUUUUCGGAUAAAUUAAAAAAUCCAAAGGAAUCCCAAGUUCGCGAAAAAGAUGGUUUUGAGGAAACAACGAUCAUCAAUGUUCCUUUGGUCUCAUCACCUCUUCUUACUCCAUCGUUCCUCCGGUCUGAAGAGAAAAUCGUCGACGAACCUGAAGCUAUCCGAAGCGUAGAUAAUAUAACAGAGGAUGCCGAUGAUUUAUUUUCUGCUGACGUAAUUGAACAUCGACAAGAAAGUGAUGCACAGAUUCACGUGGAAUCUCAAUCUGAACAUAGGUCUUUUGAAAUUAAGGUUACUGCAGAUGAACCUAUCGAAGUUAUUACAGAUGACUCGAAGGACGUUGCUGAUGAACCUAUCGAAGUUGCUGCAGAUAAUUUGAUUGUUGAUGUUUAUGAAACUACGAUUGUUGCUACAGAAGAUAUCUCGGUAAUAAAUAAUGGAACUGUCUCUCAGGAUACUGCAAAUGUUGAUUCCGUAGAAGUCACAAGUGAAAUCGACUCAGAGAGCAACUUCG